GUAGCCGGAAGUGGGCUUUAACGUCACAUCUUUAGCCUCUGUGCGGAGCAGCUCGCGCAGCUCACCGCCAACUGGUGAGAAUCCGCAUUUCUUUAACAGACCCCCCCGGACCCGUUAGUUAACGGCACAAGCUCUCAUGUAAAGGAAGAGAAAAAUACUUUAAUGUAACAAACCAACAGUUAAAAUAUCAGGGGAGUGGUUUGGUUUUUGCUGCUACUUUCAUAAAGGUAGAGAUGUAAUAGCGAUUACAACUUUAGCUAACAACAUUAGCAUGUGGGGCUAGAUUCUGAGAGUCACUAAAACUCUCAUAACACCUCUGAAUUCAAAGCUGCUGAAAAGGAGGAGUUUACCGCGGGGAACCUUUGUUAUAAAGGUAAGCUAACGAAAUUAACUAUUCUCCUUUAGAUAGAGUUUGUCUUUAUGUAGUUUGAUGUUAAUUCUCCGUUUGUUUUGUGGGUGUGUAAAAGUCCUGAGCGUGAAAACAUGAUACAGCUAUUAUUCUGAUUUGCUGUCUGACGUGGCCUUUACCUGAGUCUGCUGAGUUUGGCUGCACCUUUGGUUUACUUUCUAAAUGGAUAAAUAAACCACCAGUUCAUUUCAGUCCACUUCACAGUCUUGGGAAAGACAGCUGAGCUGACAGCUGUGUAAACAAAGACGAUGUUCAUCAACAACACCCUCAGACUGUCAUGGUUAAAGAAGCAUGCAAAGCUUGAUGCUUGCAGAGUCAUAUCUGUUUCUGUUUAAUGAGCAUGGGAAAGGAGAAGUAUGACCUUGGAGUUGGGACUGAUACUUUUCUGCUGAAGACAUGUAACUACAUGAAUGCUAAAAUUUCACUCACAGGUUGUUUUCCCAGCAGUGUGCAGGAACCUGAUGAUGAACUAAGCUGUCUCUGUUCUUCCAGUACAGGCUACAGCUGCAACCUGCACCCUGUUUGGAUACUGUUGAAAUGUCAUGCCACUUGUGAGAUGAUGUUAGUGGGCGGGGGUGUCUGUUUCUUGACUGCAUAAAGGAUGUGUAAAAAUCUGAAUCCCUCAGUCAGAGGAAGCUGCCGCUGUUGUAAGCUGCUGACUCCUUGCAAGUAAAAGAUAUCGAAGAAAAAGAAGUCCACUAUCUCUGUCGUUCUUCUCAGCUGGCUGCAAGUCAGAUACAGUUUAAUUUUUCUGACAGUUUCUUUAGUCUUUUAUUUUCCACAACAGGUCAGACUGCAGACCUGUUUUGAGCCUCUUACCAAGAUAAAGUGCGCAGCAGUUUUUUGCUUUUACAAAUAAAGGAAAUUACAAGGUUUGAGGAAGUUAGUAAAAUAAUAAUCUACGGGACAAACUAAACUUGUGGGUGAGCCUGUUAUUCUGGCAAAAGGUCUGACUGUCAGAGCUUUGCUGAGGUAGAUAAGAUCGGUGGAUAAAAUCGGUAUUAUGUGUUUGUCGUAAACGUUGCCUCAUUAAGUAUUUUUGUGCCUUCCCUCCUUCUCACAGAUGAACGGUCAGAGUGAACACGCCGCUCCGCUCAGGGUGUUGGUGACCGGAGGGUCCGGCUUGGUGGGCAGAGCCAUACAGCAUGUGGUCAAAGAGGAGAGGGGAGCCAGAGAGGGGGAGGAAUGGAUAUUUCUCUCCUCCAAAGAUGCAAACCUCAUGUAAGAGUGUUCUCUCUCUCGUAAAAGAUCGAUUUCCUGCUCGGCUUCUGCGCCGUCUUCAUUUUGUGUUAUCACGGUCUCUGCAGGAACAUGGAGGAGACGCGGGCGGUGUUUGAAAAACAUCGGCCGACCCACGUCAUUCACCUGGCUGCUAUGGUUGGGGGGCUCUUUAAGAACUUGAAGUACAACCUGGACUUUUGGGUAAGGGGACAGUCCUCCUGCUUUGAUUUACUGAUAGGAGUUUGUAGUUUUUCAUAACUUCUCAUUUGUUCCCCUCAGAGAAACAAUAUCUACAUCAACGAUAACGUGCAGCGGGCGGCACAUGAAGUCGGAGCCGUCAAGGUCGUUUCCUGUCUGUCCACUUGCAUCUUCCCUGAUAAGACCACCUACCCUAUAGAUGAGACCAUGGUAAGAGAAUCUAUGUGAGCUUCCACGUGUCAGCAAACAUGUGAACAGUGAUUAACUCCAACUUUCCUCCUUUUACAAGAUCCAUAACGGUCCCCCUCACGAGUCAAACUAUGGCUACGCCUACGCCAAGAGAAUGAUAGAUGUCAGUAACAGGUGAGACCUCUACGCCUCCAACAGGUUUGCCAUGAAUGUGACUUGUGAAUGAGACUUGGUGUGUGUCUGUGUGUGUGUUUCUCAGGGCGUAUUUCCAGCAGCAUGGACACUGUUACACGGCUGUGAUUCCUACAAAUGUGUUCGGUCCUCAUGACAACUUUAGUAUCGAGGACGGUCACGUGCUUCCAGGCCUCAUACACAAAGCUUACAUCGCUCAGAGUAAGUCACAGAAAAUCAUCACCUCUCACUGAAUCCUACUUCUGCUGCUGUGUUGAGUCCUGGUGUCAGACUAGCUGUCAUAGAAGUCUUGUGUUUAUUAAUAAUUAGCUUUUUUUGCGUGUCAUUAGAGGAGGGGAAGCCCCUGGUGGUCUGGGGCUCCGGCACUCCCAGAAGACAGUUCAUCUACUCUUUGGACCUGGCUCGUCUCUUCGUGUGGGUCCUGAGAGAUUAUCCAGAAGUGGAUCCGAUCAUUCUCUCCGGUGAGUCCUUAUAUGGAACAUAUCAUAAAUAAAGGUUAAAUCUGGCUGCUAAUCAAGCCUGCAUGGUGUCUGCUGGUUUUCAGUUGGAGAGGAGGAUGAAGUCUCCAUUAAAGAAGCAGCAGAAGCGGUCGUGGAAGCUCUGGACUUCAGAGGAGAAGUGGUUGUAUCCUUUUCAUCAUUUCUGCUGAUCUGUUUCUCUGAAAUUCAGGGGUGUUUGCAAAACAUUUGAAGCAAAAGUACGAUUCACUGGUUACAGGAAGGUGUUCAGCGGCUCCCAGUGGCUUUAAUUUCCCCCACUCCAUCUCCCUGUUACAUGCAGACAAAGGGAAACCUUAGAUGUGCAACCCUGUUGUAGAUUUCCUUACAUGGGUAUGAACUAGUUUUGCUAGUUUUAUUCACUGCUCUCAGAUAUAAGCAGUCGUAUGUGUUUGCAGAGCUAAAAGCUGCAAUUCUAGGACCUGCUUUUUGUCUCAGCAGCGAUGGCACUGCACUCUAAAAAUAAAAUAUGGUCAUAAACAACAAGGGUCUUGAAGUUGCAGUCUUAAAAAUGUGGUCUUGAAUCUGCAGCCUCCAGGUCUGACAGAAUGUGAAAGCUGUAGCUCCACAGCCAGACGCCAGUAAAAGAAACAACAGAGAAAUAGACUUCGAAGAAAAGAUACCAGUCACAUGAACUGUCAGUGAUUUCAAUAUUCAGAAAUCACAACCUUUAAAUAAAUCCCUCUGAAUCGCAAACAUUGGUCUUCAAAUGGGUGACUUGGGGAAAACAAGGAUGCUGAAAAUCACCGCCAUGAGAAGUUUGUUUUCAUACAAAUCUGAACUGACAUGACAAAAGUUUCUCCUGCGAGGAUGAUUCUCAAGAUUUCUUCAAAAUGUUUUGCUGUUUUGUCUCUUAUUUUACUGAAAUAUCUGGAGAGCUUCCUGAAGUUUCCUUGACCUCAGGUUUCCAGUUCGAUUCCAGCAAAGCAGACGGUCAGUUCAAGAAGACAGCCAGCAAUGCAAAGCUGAGACACUACCUGCCAGAUUUCACCUUCACACCCUUCAAACAAGGUUCGGACACGCUCAGUUGUACCUCUCUAGAUUUUAGUAAAAGUCGAGUAUAUUUUAAUGAACUUCGCCCCUUUGAUUUAUCGCAGCUUUAAAGGAGACCUGCGAUUGGUUUGUUGCAAACUAUGACUCAGCCCGGAAGUGAGACCUCUUGACAAUCAAGUCGGGAUAAAAGUCGGUGAAUCAAGAAGAAGGUCUGCUUUGAGGGGCGAUCGAGAAGAGGACAUGACGGUGGCGCUGAGGAAAUCACGGCAGUGCAUCUGCUCAGGCAGGAGAGACGGUUACUGACUGUUCACUCGGUCAGAUGAACUGAAAUCUCGGUGUGGAUUCAAAUCAGGACCAGUUUAGUUUUAGUGUUUUAAUAAAUAAUUCAUUAUAGUGUUUUACUCUUUUACCUGAAUGUCACCUGCUUUGGUCGUAUUACACAUUUCAGUGGUUAAUUUAAAGUGUUCAGCUAAUCGAGGUGCUUUUAUGUCAGAGUUUUAUUGUUUAUUAAUUUUUCCAGCUGAUCAACAUUUCAGAAAAUCUGGUGGAUUUGAAGCGACCCCUUUAUCACUUUAUUUAAAGAAAUAUUUAUGGUAUAUUUUGUUUAAGUGGAAGCUUGGAUGGUUUGAAGUAAAAAAAAAAAAAAACUGGCACCAAGCUCAAUAAAUAUUUUGUACCUGA